AUGAUCGGGCUGAUGCUGGGGACCUGCGUCGCCUUCUACGUGGUCAUCGGUGACCUGGGGUCCAGCUUCUUUGCUCGGCUCUUCGGGUUCCAGGGUGCCCCCAGCUGGCCGCAGGUGGGUGCCUGCUGCGGGGACCUGCCCCCACCGGCCUCUGGGCCCUCUGCAGGCAGGGCCUACUACCGUGUGAGGGGCGUGUCCUCGCGGUUCCUGGGGCCGCAUGGGCCAGCGCAGCCCCCCGACUUCCUGAUGCUCUUCGAGGACAGCCCAAGCGGGAAGAAGAGGGAGGACGACGCCGGCCCCCUGACGGCCCACAACCUGGAGAGACUGGGGCAGCUGAGCACGCCCCCCGGCCCGCCCGCGGACGGGGCGCUGCUCUCCGAGGCCAAGCUGCAGAGCAUCGUGAGCUUCCUGGACGAGAUGGAGAAGUCAGGGCCCGACUGGCCGGCCCCAGCGCCCCAGGCGCAGCAGCGGGACCUCGCGGGCCGGAGGCUGGAGGAGGCCGAGAGGGUCCUGCGCCGGCAGCUGCGCCGGCAGCGGGAGCACUACGAGGCUGCUGUCCAGCGGCACCUGUCCUUCAUCGACCAGCUGAUUGAAGACAAGAAGGCGCUGAGCGGGAAGUGCGAGGCCCUGCUGGCACAGCUGGCGCAGGGGGACCGGAGGCACCAGCAGCAGCUGGCGCAGGUGCAGGAGCAGCACCAGCUGGAGAUUCAGAAGCUCAAGGAGCUGAUGAGCGCGGCGGAGAAGGCCCGCCGGGAGAGGUGGAUCAGCGAGAAAACGCGCAAGAUCAAGGAGGUCACGCCCCGCGCGCAGGUGAGCGAGAAGCUGACCGCGGAGCGGGCCGGCCUGGCCCAGCAGCUCCGGCAGGAGUUCGCUGACCGGCUGGCGGCCUCCGAGGAGGAGACCCGGCAGGCCAGGGCCGAGCUGGCCGAGCUGCAGGCCCGGCAGCGGGUGGAGCUGGAGCAGCUGACGCGGGAGAAGCAGGCGGAGCUGGGGGCCGUGCACCGGAGGGUGAAGCUGGCCCUGGCCAAGAAGGAGGAGGCCGUGAGCAGCCUGCGCCGGCAGCAUGAGGCCGCCAUGAAGAGGGCUGACCACUUGGAGGAGCUGCUGGAGCAGCGCAGGCGAGCACUGCCCAGCGCCAAGUGACUGCAGCGUGGGACCCGCCAUGUGCCCUGCUGCUGGGGGCCCAGGCAGGCCCUCCCCGGCCACGGGCCCUCCGCGGAGGCCACGGCUUCGCAGAGCUCUAGCAGUAAAGAAGGGUGUUUCUCA